AUGGCGAGCAGAAACAGGAUCGCGCGGAGGGCAUUGUCUUCAUGGAGCCAAUGCCCAAACAAGGUGCUGCCACGCGCCGCGGCGGCAUCCUUCCACACAACAGCUGCACCAGCAACUGAUGGCGUGUUCCGGGGCCUUACAGACACACGAGUUCGCAUGCCGUGGAUAGAGGCCUUUCACAAGCAACAGAAAGGGCAGAUGACGGGGGAUAUGGAAGACGCCCCAGAGGAACGCGAUCUCACUCCGAAAAAGAUGACCGACAGCUAUCAUCGCGUCGUUCUUCCGCUUGGCCAGGAUCCGUGGCUGUCGGAUACGUACAUCAACUCUUCAGGCCAUAUCAGGCUCGGCACAUUGCUGAUGGACCUCGAUGCGCUUUCUGGUAUCAUCGUUUACAAACACACAGGUCCUGGUGUUACCACUGUCACAGCUGCCUUGGACAGAGUCACACUCGCCCAUCCUCUCACAGAGAUCUGUGAUCUCGAGUACAGCGGCCAAGUUACGUAUGCCUCCGGUAGGAGCAGUGUCGAGAUCACUUGCAGGGUCGCCAAGGCCAGGGCCGAGGGUGAGCCCAGCAAGCCUGAAGACGUCCUCCUGACUUGCACAUUCACCAUGGUGGCGCUGGAUCCCAAGACCAAGAAGCCCGUCAACAUCCCCAAGCUAGAAUACAGCACGCCCGAGGAAGAGAGGAUCUACAAGGCGGGCGAGGCCAAGUCCAUCGCCAAGAAGGAGACGCUCAAAGCGUCACUCCUACAAACAGAGCCGAACGAUCCCGAGUCGGCACUCAUUCAUCGCAUCUGGCUCCGGCAGCUGGCAUACCACGAUCCCAACAACAGUCUCCGCCAACCCAAGAACGUGGUGGCCAUGUCCAAGACACAGCUGUCGACGGCCGCCAUCAUGCAGCCCCAGUACCGGAAUCGUCAUCAGACUAUGAUUUUUGGUGGUUUCCACCUCAAGCAAACAUUUGAGCUGGCCUUUUGCUGCGCUGCCAGUUUCGCUCACGCACGUCCGACCUUUAUCAGCGCUGAUCCGUGUACCUUCCGCAACCCUGUCCCCGUUGGCAGCGUGCUGUACCUGACGGCCACGGUGGCCUAUACCGAUCCCCCGCUGCUGGAGGAGGAUGGCUCAGAGCCCCAUCAGGCGGAGUCCGACCAGCCCAUGACGCGCGUGCACGUUCGCGUGGACAGCAAAGUCAGGGACGUGGAGCACGGCGUCGCGAAACCAACGGGCCAGUUCAACUACACGUUCUCCGUCCCCAAGGACCUCAAGGUGCUCCCGCAUACGUACGAGGAGUACAUGAUGUACAUUGACGCCAAGAGACGUGUCAAACUCGGGGACGCUCAGCGGAAGCAAGAGGAGAUGACAUCGUUUGGCAAGAGGCGGUGUUCGGAAGGGAGCGUCGACCUUAUGGAGUAA